AGGUAUAUUGGCAGAGCAGUGAAGAAGCUUUCACAGAAUUUUCCUUCAAAAUGCCUGGCUCAGUGGUGUUAAUUUCUUACCUUCAAGAGCACCACUUCAGCUGCUUAUCUCAAAUGUGGAUUUAAUUUUUGAACAUGUCCAUUAAUUUAUCAGGUGCUGUCAGAACAAGUGGACAUUCUAAUAAUGGACAAUAUGAAGAUCAAAGUAGUACAGGUAGCAAUUCAAAACUGGAGAACAUUACCAAGCGCUUGAGUGAGAGGACACUGAAGCAAAAGGGUGCUGGUGAAGAGGAAAACUGUGAAGUCCCCCCAAAGAAUGCGAAUUUGCCAAGUCCCCACAGAAAACAUUGGGAAAGGGGAGAGUCAAAUACAGUGGUAAAUGUCCUGGAAAAUGCAUCCUUGCUUUCUUCCAGUUUUACAGCUGAGGAGGAUGAAAGUAAGAUCAGACUAAAUGUAUUUACAGUUGACUUUUAUUUGUUUUUCAUACAAGAAAUGCACAGACUUCUUAAUGGUGUUAUAAAAAAUGAUUUUUUAGAAAAUGAUGGCACUAUGCAAGGGGUAUCUAAUAAUGACAAAAACCACCAUACCAAUAAGGAUUUGAAGUAGUAAACAGUGCAGAAGAGAAUAGGGGUCUGACCUUUAAAGUGUGAUUUGAAAAGUCUGAGAUAGAUGCUAGCAGUGUUGGAAAGAGCCACAAGUGGAAAAAGCAGUGUUGACAGCAAAAUGGUCAUCAUCUGUGUUUGACGAAGAGAUUGUGCCUUGACCACAGUUAUGUCCCUGUUACAUGAAGCUAAACCACUUUAAGAUGCUCUACAUCAGUGCUUCUCAAAGCCAGU